CUGGCGACGGUUGCAAUGGACGAAACUACGUUCAGCUCGGGAAGCAUGUACUCCAGCGGCGAAGAGGAGAUUCUGGCCAGUGAAGGCCUGCGUCUAAGUCGAUCGGCCCGUUGGCGUGAGCGAAGCAGCCGUCACGUGAACUUCGAACCGGCAGUGUUCUUGUUUUGCUUUGCCUUAGGUUUGUCAGAAAUUGAACUGUCCCAUCAGAUUAUCUAUCAGACGUGUUGUGUGCAAGGAUUUCAGCGAAAUGACUGUAUGCUGUUAGGGACGGAUGCAAACCUGCCGGGCGUUCAGGAGAUAGAAGCACAGGUUAAACCAGCGGCUGCAAGUGUGAAUACGGUGAUAAUAGCUAUCAAGACGGUGAUACCGGCUUUCGGCGCGUUAGUUAUGGGAGCGUGGUCCGAUCGCUAUGGAAGAAAGCCCGUUGUAGUGAUAGCCGGCUGUGGUUUGCUUCUGACUUACUUUGCUUUGACAGGGUUGAAUUUCCUGUCGUCGUUUGUGCAAAUCAACCCAUGGUAUUACGUUCUGGCUUAUAUUCCGUUUUCCAUCCCAGGAGGAAUGGCUGUUCUAGGGGCAACAAUUUAUGCAUUCAUUUCGGAUGUGUCCAACGAUCAGAACCGUACUAUUAAGAUGGGAUUCAUGAAAGCUUGUAUAGUAGCUGGAACCACGCUGGGAUCUUUCAGCUGCCGGUACAUCCUCGAGUGGACCAGCACGACUGCCGUGUUUGUGAUGGCAACUAUUUGCAUACUGCUGGGACUUACCUACAUCGUGCUGUUCGUUGAGGAUAGCAUCAUUUCCAGUGCUGACGGUGAUCUUGGAAGUAGUCUGGAUGCGAUGUUCUCCUUUGGCUUGAUUACAGACCUAACGCAGGCUGCCGUUCGGAAGAGAUCGAGAUUCGUUUGGCUCAUUUUGUGGUUGAUCGUUGGCUUUGCUGUCGUGGUGGAGUUUGGUGCUGGUAGCAACAUCGUUACAUAUACUUUCGCGCAUAGAAAGUUGGAGUGGAGCAGGAAGCAGUAUAGCUACUUUCUCCUAACGGAGAGCGGUUUGAACAUUUUUGCAAAUGUAUUUGGGAUCAUUUUACUGAAUAAGUUCUUCGAUUGGCCAGAUUCGCUAGUAGCCCUGGUGUCGGUCAUCAGUCACAUCAUAUGCUCAACGAUCAAAGGAUUUGCAACAGUUGGGUGGCAAUUUUAUAUGGCAACCGGGCUAACCAUUUUCAAAGGGAUGGAAGAAGUGGCACUGCUGUCGGUUUGCGCUUACCUGCUGCCAUCGAAUGAUAUUGCCAAGUUCUACGCUCUUGCGAUGUCCAUUAUUGGACUGGUUCCUCUUGGAUCGGAGUCACUUUUCAGUUAUUUCUAUCAGGAGACGGCUGGCAGUGAUCCAGGCAUGUACAACUUUUUGAGAGCCGGAAUCUAUGGAGCAGGAUUAUUUGUUCUUGCUAUUAUCCAAUGGCUGAUGAAUAAGCGAAACCAACCUGAACUACUUUUGUAGAUGGAUUUAUUG